UUGUGCUUGUGAAUAGAAUGCUGAACAACUUCAGGUCUGAGAUGUGCUUGUAACUCAGCAUGGAAGGAUUUGAAAACUCUAAUUUCUCAGGAGGGUCUUUCUGAAAUAACAAGGAUUCAGCCUAAACUCUUCACCCUCCUCUACAAUAUGAAGGUGUUCUUGUUUUAGUGCUAAGUAUCAUGCGCCAUUCAGAGGGAUGGAACUGCUAUUGCCUCAAUUUUUCCUAUUUAGAGAGGGGGUGGUUGGGGUAAUGUUAAGCAUUGUUUUUUUUAAAAAAAAAAUCAUACCACACACUUUCCUUGGUUGUUGAAUUAGUCUGUUUUCUGGGGUUGUGUAACAUGCUGAGUCAUAAACUAAUUGAAGCGAUUGAGAUUUCCCAGCACAGGAAGCUGAAAACAACUAAUUAAAGUUAAAACUAAGCAAGGUUUGCACGUUCUAUGAAUGCAGAUGCAAGAUCUUUACCUGGCCUGGCUAAGUGUGUUGUGAAAACCUUAAAGAAUGUUGGCAGUGUUGUUGAGAGGGGAUUCCUAGGCAGGCUACCAAAAGAACCUCAGAACCAUGUAUGAUCUCCAGAUUGACGGUUACUCAGUGUUUCUACACUAACUUUCCUCAAAUUAAUGUUCUUCAGAAAGGUUGACUUACAGUUAGUGUCAUUCCUAGCAAUGUGACCAGAGGUUGUGCUUGGUAGGGUUGAUGGAAUUUGUAGUCCAACAUUCUGGAGAGCACCAGGAGAGACUAUUAAUAGCAUCUCUUCAAAGUUUCCAGCAGGAUCUUCUUGCCCUAAUCCUUCUUGUAGAUGUCAAAGGUUGAUCCCAGGAUCUUCUGCAUAGAAAGAGGGUGUUUUUUCUCUACCCUGAAUGGACAAGUAAUGAAAACUGGAAAAAAUAAUUCUGAAAGGAUCAUGCAGAGCCAUUUUAUUCUUUUUAAAUAACACUUUUGUACUGAAGUCCCAUCUUCCAUUGGCAUCAUAUUCACAUGCAACAAAUUCAGGACAGCAGAAGUUUAAAACGGUGAAGAUUCCGCUCCAAUCCUGUGACAUGAAUUCCUUGUGUUUUUGUACAUGAAAACAGCAAAUGGGCUGGGGAUCCCUUCUUCUUCCAAAGUUCUUAAUUAUUUCUUUCAUUCUAAGGGAAUCUGCUUCUUCCACCAUGGAAUGUGAUGCUAAUUUCGGAGAAUUUUUAUCCCCGCCUAAUAUGGCAGCCAACCCCAAAUAUUACUGACAGUAUUCGGUAUGAAGUGGAGAGAAGUAACAGUAACCGAUCUUCUCCUAUGUGGAUCAAAGAGGUAUCAUGCAAAGGAAAUAAUCAGAAAGAGACUCAGAGUUGCCAGCUUCACCUGCCCCAGCUUUUCAGCACCUACCAUGCCAGGGUGAGAGCCCGGGAUGGAUCCAUACUUUCUGAAUGGGCCAAGUCAAAUGGGUUGCAACUCUACAAAGACACUAUUAUCGGUCCCCUUGUUCUUUCUCUGACUAUCACAGAACAUACUCUUAGUGUGUCGAUUUCUUUGCCCCCGACUCCAUUGAAGGAAAAGGACUCUUCUGUGAUCUUGUCUCUUCUGAAAGUUCUGCUCACCCUCCAGGGAGAAGAUGGAAGCACCCAAAAAGCAAUGAUGGCUAAUGAACUUGGAAGAGACUUUUGGAAUGCGAAUUUGGAAUACACGAUGAGUUUGGAGCACAUCUUUCACAACAUGAAGCCAAAUACCAAUUACUGUGUUGAAGCAGAAGUGAUCAACCACCCAGCCAAGAAGGCUGUAGAAUGUAUGCUAAUGCCAGGAAGCCCAACAAGUAACUAUUGGACAGUUUUUGUUAUUAGCUUUGUUACUCUGUUUGGGGUCAUCCUAUUGUCUGUGGUUGGGAGAACCUUCCUUAAGCCCUACCUUCACCUAAGUUCUAAGGGAAUGGACUUCCCCAAGUCACUGAUAUUUCUACAUGAGACUUGUGUUUCAAGAUGUGUCUUUCAUUUAGAAGCUGGUCCCAGCAUUUCUCUGUUAGUGGUGGCAUGGCCCAAUAAUCAUAGCUUUCCAACAGAACAAGAAAAAUGCCAGAUAGAAUUCAUUCCAGGCGGUUCCUAUGCCCAGAGUUUGAGUCCUUACUGCACCAAUGGCUUUUUUCAAGGCAACCCAAGCAACAAGGAUGCCUCCCUUUCAUCACUCUCUCUUGUGGAGACCUCCUCAGUAAUAGGGCUGGUGAAAGAUAAAGACCCAACAGAUAAGUGCUGCAGAAUUGUUCCUCAGCACCUGGAAUCUUCUCAUCUCCCAUCUCCUUUGUCAGCAAGAUUUCAUUUCCACAGUUUAGGAACAGGCCACUGGAAACUCAAAUGCAAAGUUGACCUCAAAGAUGGGCUGGCAGAAUGGCCAUCUGCAUCAAGUUCUGACAUUCUCCUCAGUUCUUUGAUAUUGCAGUCUACUCCAGACAUACAAAGCCUCCCAUACAACCCAAAGGCUUGCGUCACAGUGGAAAAUUACCACACCUAUCUAGAAAUUGCAACUGAAGAUGACAAAAAGUUGUUUGUCUGUGAAGAACACAGUAGGUUCUCUAACAUCAGGGAACAUCCAACGGGCCCCAAUCUGGAAGUGAAGAGAUCAGAGAUGAUAACUUUCCCUGGUUAUGACUUCCGCCCACCCAUUCCUUCUUGUGAUUUAUAGUUCUAAGUUUUAUUUAAAUAAAUAUUUCAAUGUUUUUAUAAACUGCUUCUC